AAAUACUGAAGAAGAAGAAGAAGAAGAAGAAGACCUCACCACUCCAAGCCUCUCGUGUGUAUACCAAGACCUUCGUGCAGAGGUCAGGUCAACUCGACAGCCUGUGGCCCCGACCCUGAAAGCUCUAUCCCCAACCCUGAAGAUACAACAACACUUCAGAAACACUAGAAUAACACCCACUAACAACUUGGACGGCCGGGGCUUUACUGGCCGUGACCUCAUGGCUUGACCUGACCCCUAAAACACUGAAAAAGAAGAAGAAGAAGAAAGAUGAGCAGCAUUUAUAUCCAAGAACCGGCCUCCAUUGGCAAGGUUCUCCUGGUCACCACCGCCGGGGACUUUGACGUGGAGCUGUGGUCACGUGAGGCCCCCAAGGCUUGCCGGAACUUCGUGCAGCUGUGCCUGGAGGGUUACUAUGAUGGCACCAUCUUCCACCGCGUCGUGCCGGGCUUCAUCAUCCAAGGGGGGGACCCGACAGGCACGGGCACUGGCGGAGAGUCUAUCUACGGCAAGCCCUUCAAGGAUGAGUUCCACACGCGGCUGCGGUUCGUGCGCCGUGGCCUGGUGGCGAUGGCGAACGCCGGACCCAACGACAAUGGCUCCCAGUUCUUCUUCACGCUGGGCCAGACUCCGGAGCUUCAGAACAAACACACCAUCUUCGGCAAGAUCACCGGGAACACCCUGUACAACCUCCCGCGCUUUGAGGAGGGAAUUAUUGAUAAGGACGAGAGGCCGGAGUACCCCCACAAGAUCCUCAAGACAGAAGUGCUGAGCAACCCCUUCCCAGACAUUGUACCCAGGCUCAAGAUAGAGAACGAGGUGCCGGAGGAGGAUAGGAAGAAGAAGAAGAAGAAAAAGGGAACAAAGAACUUCAAACUCCUGUCCUUUGGCGAUGAAGCAGAAGAGGAGGAGGAGGAGGUUCUGGCGGCCACCAAGAACUUUUCAACCAAAGGGAACUCCGCCCACGACAUUGCCAUGGACCCAACACUCUCUGCCAGCACCGGCAAGGCCCUUAACAACGGCACUGACUCUCUCGACAGGAUAAAGAGGAAACUACGUCGGGAGGAUUCAACAGAAGGAGAGAAGAUUGAGAGCUUGGAAGUGACUGCUGGGAUGGAGGAAAACACCAACGAGGAGGAGGAAGAGGAGGAGGAGGAGGAGGAGAAGGAGAAGGAGAAGGUGAAGAAGGAAGAAGAGGUGCCUGCUUACAGAUCAAUCUUGGAUGAAGAGAAGAGGGCAAAGGAUGAAAAAAUGGCCGAGAUGAGAGCCGAGAUCAAGCAGCUGAAGCAGGACCUCACGGGCAAGAAAUUGAAGGCCGAAAAGGAGCUGAAGGAGGAGGAGGAGGAGGAGGAGAAGGACGCCCAGAGCCUCAAGGAAUACAAGAAAGAGAGACAAAAGUACGAGGAAGCCAAGAAACACCUACCACACAAAGGAGCUUCCCGAGAGGACCAAACCCUGGCCCUCCUGCAGCGCUUCCAGGCCAAAAUGAGCAAGGUUGUUUAUCAUGACUCCGGCAGCGAGGGAGAGGACGGAGGAGGAGGGGACAAGGAGGAGGAGGGGGGAGAGGACAAGUCAGAAGGUGCUGCUGAUGAUGACGACGAUGAUGAUGACACUGCUGGCUGGAUGAAGCACAAGUUCUUCUUCGGCUCGGCGGAUGUGGUGCUCGCCAAGGACGCCAGCACCAAGGAUGACCACUGGUACGAUGUGAGUGACCCGCGCAACGCCAUCAACAAGCGACGGAGGGAUGACAUCUCGCGGCCAUCCAAGAGGCACCACAAAUGAGGAGACUGCCGAGAGAGGUGUAGCCAGAGACGUUAGUUACUGACGGAAGCUGUCGCCCCUCAAGUCAAGGUACAUAGGAGCCUAAUACAAAGGGAGUGAGGAGCAGGAAGGUGAUUGCUGGAAGGUAGUUUUUGGACUGAGAUAAAAUGUAAACUACCAGCUGAUGUGUGUGUGAUAAGGCAUUGCGGAUUUGCCUUUCGAUGUAGGGUCAAAAGUGCAAAAAGGGAGAGAUGAUGGGCUGUAGCUGGGAGUUUUAAAUAAGAGUUAAUAUUUAAGAGACAGAAAGAGGAGAGAAAAUGUAACCUAUCAACUGAUGUGUGUGUGACAAGGCAUUGCGGAUUUGCCUUUCGAUGUAUGGUAAAAAGUGCGGAAAGGGAGAGAUGAUGGGCUGUAGCUGGGAGGUUUAAUUAGGAGUUAAUAUUUAAGAGACAGAAAGAGGAGAGAAAAUGUAACCUACCAGCUGAUGUGUGCAUAUUUACCUCUCAAUGUAGGGUAACAAGUGCCAAUUAUAAAAGGAACAGAUGGUGGGCUGUAGCACCGCUGAUGGUAAUAGAAAUCUGAUGACUAAUAGCACUGAAACCCAUGAACAGAAUAGCAACUAGGAUUGAGAUGAAGGAAAAUAAUUAAGAUGUGGAGCGUUGAGCCUCAAGUUGCUGCAGAUGCUUGUAGGGGCAUUAAAAAGCAGGGAGGGCAUGGUUUUACAGAAGAGGAAAAGAAGCAGUCACACAAACCACUGUAGCGCAAAGGUAUUAAUUUGCUAGCAUGAAUUUACAGUCACAUUAGCCAUUUCGUCAAUCUUGCAUCAUCAAAUAAGGAUAAAUCAACUUGCAGCAUCUCAAAGGUAUACUAAAGAAAUGCAAGAGAUGAAUAAAGAUAAAUAAAUUACAAUAUAUAAAGCCAUGUAAUCUUACCUCCAGCAUCUCAAAGGUAAACCAGAUGAAGUAAAGAGAGACCAAUAAAUAAAUAAAGAUAAAUUAAUGAGUAGCUGGCCAAUAAAAUCAAUAAAGGAAAAUAAAUAGUGGCUCAACAGUAAAAGCUACAAGGAAAAAUAAAAAAAUAGCUAACCAAUAAAAUAAUUCCAACUCUUUACUAGAAAAAUAAACAAAUAAAGAUAAAAAAGAGGAGUAGAUGACCAACAAAAUUACAAAAGGAAAAUGAAUCUUAGCUCACCAACAAAAGCUUUAAGAAAAAAAGAAAAAAAUAGCUCACUAAUAAAAUCAUUCGAACUCUUUACUAGUCAGACAGCAAGUUAAGCCUUUUAUAAUCACUCUUCUUGGUUCUUAGGUGUUUACUCAAGCCAAGAGAGACACGGGGAAACAGCAGCAUUUUAUUAAGAAGCUGCAAUAGGAGGUUCUUGAUUCCAGCUUGUAUGAUCUGUAUCGCAAUAUUUUUAAGUUUUAAGUUAAGCGACGAUGCACUGGUUUUGUUUUGCUCAAUUUCACGUGUUUGUUGAAAUGAAUGCUGUGAGGGUAGGGGAAAAAAUAUAUAUGGGUUCAGGUUUUGCAGAGAAAUGAAAGAAAGAAAGAAAGAAAAGAAGGAAAAGAAAGUGUAACGAAAAGAGUGAAUGAGAGAGUAGAGAAAAAAAGAAAGAAAGAAAGGAAAGAAGGAAAAGAAAGUAUAACAAAAAGAGAGAAAAAAUACGUAGUUUGGGUAUUGCAUAUAAAUGAAGAAAGAAAGAAAGAAAGAAAGGAAGGAAGGAAGGAAGGAAGGAAAAGAAAGUAACAAAAUGAGAGAAAAAAAUGUAGUUUGGGAAUUGCAUAUAAAUGAAGAAAGAAAGGAAGGAAGGAAGGAAAAGAAAGUGUAACAAAAAGAGAGAAAAAAAUAGUUUGGGUAUUGCAUAUAAAUGAAGAAAGAAAGAAAGAGAAGAAGGAAAAGAAAGUGUAACAAAAAGAGAGAAAAAAAUAGUUUUGGUAUUGCAUAUAAAUGAAGAAAGAAAGAGAAGAAGGAAAAGAAAGUGUAACAAAAAGGAGAGAAUAUGAGAGUAGAGAAAAAAUCUGAGUUCAAGUAUUGUAAAUAAAUGAAUGAAGAAAUAAAGAAAGAAAGAAAGAAAUGAAUGAAUGAAUUAAAAGAAAAUGUAACCAAAAGGAGAGAUGAGGUGCUUGUAACUGAUUUUUUUAGCAUAAUUUAAAAGCAUCGAUGUUGUUUUUUGCUCUGUUAAAGUCUAUUUGUUUGACUAUGAUUCUGUCUCUUAGAAUCAAAAGCCAUCAACUCACCUUUUAAAAGGAUCAGAUUCUGUCUUCCCCAAGCACUCCAUGGGCUGUGAUGCAAGGGAGGAGGAGAAGGUGGUAAUGAUUUUUUUCUGUCUCUAUCUCUGUUUCUUUCUCUCUCUCUUUCCCUUUCUUUUUCCUUCUUUAGCAGCUGUACACGGCAGAUCCUCCAUGUGGGCAGCUUCCAGUUGCUGGGUUGCAGGUGGCAGAUGCUGAUUCACCCAUCGACGAAAGCCCACCCUCUCUGGCCGAGGUCAGAGAGGGUGUGGCAAAGUUGAGGGGUGGAAAGGCACCUGGCACCUGUAACAUCAGUGCGGAGCUGCUCAGAGCUGGAGGUGAGGCCGGGAUCCAUGGGUUGCAUGCAGUCUUGACUGCCGUAUGGCAGUCCAGUACCAUUCCUCCUGACUGGAAGAGGGGGUUGGUCGUCCCUAUCUGGAAAGGGAAAGGGGACGGACAGGACUGCAACAACUACCGUGGUAUAACACUGCUCAGUGUGCCAGGCAAGGUGCUUGCCCACCUAUUACUGAUGUGAAUUCGCAGCCAGCAGCUGAAGCUGCAGAGACUUGAACAGUCUGGGUUCACGUCUGGUAAGUCAACAACUGACCGUAUCCUAGCGCUUCGCGUACUGGUGGAGCGCCGACGUAAGUUUCGACAUGGAAUGCUUUCAGCCUAUGUCGAUCUUAAGAAGGCGUUUGCCUCGUGCAUCGUGAGGCACUCUGGGAUCUUCUGCGACUCCGUGGGAUUCCUGCGAGGACUAUUGGUUUGCUGACUGGCCUGUUUUCUGGGACAGAAUGUGCUGUGAAGCGUGGGGGGGGCUUGUCCAGCUUCAUUCCCGUGAAUGCGGUAGUGAGGCAGGGCUGUGUCCUUGCCCCAUCGCUUUUCAACACUUGUACUGGGCAGAGUUGUGGACCAGAGUGAUUGUUGGGCAUCCAUUGGCACUACCAGGGUCACUGACCUUGUUUUUGCUGAUGAUGCAGUAAUCAUGGCAGAGUCGCUGGAGGUUUUGGUGAUGGCUCUCAAGGCACUGCACGAGGAGGCGAAGCCCUUGGGACUUGAGGUCUCCUGGGCUAAGACCAAGGUACAGGUGUUUGGAGGCUUGCUAGAUGAAACAGUACAGUCUGUUCAUGCGUGUGGCGAGGACGUUGAGAUCUCAGAAAGCUUCACAUAUCUUGGUAGUGUAAUUCAUAACAACAGUGAGUCUCGCCAGGAAGUCUUACGGCGGAUUGGCCUGGCUUACGGUGUUACGGACUUGCUCAACAUGAGUAUAUGGCGUUGGAGACUCACCUGACGGAACCCCCGGGCUUGGCAUCGUAGGGUGGGUGAGGCAACGCACCCUCGGUGUAUGCCCCCAUUGCUCUAUUGAUUCCUCCUUUCUCUUUCUUUUUUCUUCUCUAUCUUUUUCCUUCUCUCUCUCUCUCUCUCUCUCUCUCUCUCUCUCUCUCUCUCUCUCUCUCUCUCUCUCUCUCUCUCUCUCUCUCUCUC